AUGAAGAUUUGUGGCAUUUUGAUAUUUUGGACAUAUUGUUGUCUGUUAUAUAAUUAUUAUGUGGAGUCGGUAGCAGAAUAUGAGAUAUGUUUUAAUAGAAGUGUUCCAAUAUUAACAGAUGAACAGAGAUUGUUUAUGACUUUGAUGCAUUAUUAUGAUAACCAUACCAGACCUGUAUUCAAUGCUUCUCAUCCAGUCAAUGUUUAUAUCGGUAUUACAUUGACACAGAUUUUUGAUGUGGAAGAAAAAAAUCAAGUUAUGACCACCAAUGUCUGGUUAGAUCAGGAAUGGUUUGAUGAGAAAUUGAAAUGGAAUCCUGAUGAAUUUAAUGGUUUAAAAGUUUUACGAGUUCCAUGUCAUAAAAUAUGGAAACCGGAUAUUAUUCUAUAUAACAGUGCCGAAGACUACACCAAUGGGUACAUGCAGGCGUUAGCGAUGGUAUCUAAUGAAGGAAAAGUCUUUUGGCCACCAAUAGUAAAAUUUCGCAGUACCUGUCAUAUUGAUAUUACUUACUUCCCGUUUGAUGAUCAACUUUGUUACAUGAAAUUUGGAUCCUGGGCUUAUGAUGGUUUUCAGGUUGAUGUAUUUAACCGAUCGAAACCAGUGGAUCUAUCGAACUUUGUUAGUAAUGGUGAAUGGGAUUUAUUGAGUGUUAACGCUGAACGCCAUGUAGUUAAAUAUCCUUGCUGUCCUGAACCAUUUCCAGAUGUAACGUUUUCCAUUCAUCUGAGACGGCGAACACUGUAUUAUAUGUAUAAUGUAAUUGUACCAUGUAUCAUGCUAUCUGUAUUGACAUUAUUGGUAUUUUGGAUGAGUCCAGAUAGUGGUGAAAAGGUUACUCUUGGUUUGACAGUUUUAUUGGCAUUUUCUGUCUUUAUGUUGCUGAUAGCUGAGAAUAUGCCUGCUACUUCAAGUUUUGUACCAUUGAUUGGUAUAUAUUUAACAGUUAUAAUGUCCUUAACUUCAUUAUCAGUUAUCAUGGCGGUAGUAGUCAGUAAUAUCAGUAACAGCGGACUUCGUGAGAAGAUAAUUCCACCGUUUUUAAAACAUCUUGUCCUUAUUCUGUCCAAAGUGUGUUGUAUAAAGCUUAGAUUUGUCCCUAGUGCCGGAUUCGACGGAACAAUAGUAAGAUGCACGAGUAAGCAGGGUAAUCAAAUGCUAUACAAAGGUAUAGCUAAUAAUAUUUCACAUGAUUCCGGCUGUGGUUUAAUUGAUUUUGAAAAUGGCGAACCGAACAAUGCACGUAUAAAAGAACGAGUGAAUAGGCGCCGUGAAGACAAAAUGGAUUCUCAAGAACUAAACGACCUGUUAGGUAAAGUCCAUGAGUUAAUGUGCCGCGAAAGUGAAAAAGACAGAAAUGAGUUUUUGUGCAAACAAUGGCAAGAGGUUGGAAUUGUGGUUGAUCGUGUUUUAUUUUGGAUAUUUGUUCUCGGGACCUUUAUGUCAACUAUAUAUCUGUUGGUCAUAAUGCCAUCAACUAAACCAGAUAAAACAACUUGA